AUGGCUGCCACUAGCGCUAUUGGUGAAUCAAAUUUAGAGGCCUCUCCACCUCCACUCUCUUCAUUAUCCUCGUCUUCCUCUGCAGCUUCAAAUCAAGGCGAUGUAGAUCAAUGUGAGGGCUACCUCAUCGUUUCCUUUAACAAGUCCACUGAUGGACCCACUCCUCGGUCUGCUUCUCAAGUACCUUUGGCGUCAACAACACCUCUCAGUAUCAAUCCUCUAAUCUCUCCCCCAAAUCGACCUCCCAAACUGUCCCGUUUAGCCGCACUCGCGAACGGAUAUGACGUCUCACAGUUUCAGAAACAACAUUCCGCAAGCAAUGUGUCUUCCGCCAGCUCAAAUUUCUCCACCAUUCCUUCCACUUCCUGUUCUCCCCCCUCUUCCAUUGAAUAUGUCCGCAGAUUCACCUAUCCCGACGGAGAUACCCACUACGAUUGGCUUUCUUGUCCUUUGGCUGAGAUGCAGGCGAAAGACCUUCAAGGACCCUCCUCUGGCGGCACCAACCCCGCUUCCAACCUCUCCUCAAAGCCCAUUUCUCUUGCUCCCUCUGCCCCUAGGAAGUCAUUCCUCGUUUACGAUAGUUCCCUGCCAUCUGUUAACCUCCCAACGCCCUCUUCCAGUUACCGUCGCCAGUUGACAACCUCCAGAAAGAUGCUUCGUUGUGAAGAAUGUGGAAAGUACUAUGGAAAUGAGUAUAGUCUACAUCAUCACAUCUGCCUCCGAAGAAAAGAUGUCUGGAAGAAGGGAGAUGUUCCAACUCAAGUAGUGGAAGGACAAUUAACUUACUUCUGUCCAGUUUGCAGUAAGCCCUUCAAGUGGUUGGGGAAUCUAACUCGGCAUUACUAUGUCCACACUGGACAGAGGUUUUUCAAGUGUGAUAUAUGUCACAAGGAAUUCUUCUCUGCCUAUCAAGUUCGAAGGCACAUGAAUUCGCAUACGGGUCUGAGAUUUCAGUGCUCUGUCUGUGAGAAGCCUUUCACUUGCAAAUAUGCCUGUGCUUGGCACGCGCGACAACACGUUAAAGAUGAGACUCAGCAACCCCAACAAACACGAAAGAAUUAG